CUGGCUUCAAUUUACCUGCAUGAUUUCCCUCCAGGUCAGUCGCUAUGGGUUCAUCGACUGAGAAUCCUCGACCAUAUGGCGAGUCUAGUGAUAUCCUCACCGCGGAGAAGAUUGUCUCCGUGACCGAUCACUCGGAUGCUCCUUCGACAGCCGGCAAGAAGUCUGAUGCCCAGGAUGUCAGCCCUGAACAGACAGCCUCGCUGGGCAGCUACUUGAGGCUGCUGUCGUAUACCUCCGCUACCGAUCGCGCCGUUCUCGUCGUUGCCCUCAUUUCCUCCAUCGGUUCGGGUGUGCCCCUACCACUCAUGAACAUUAUUUUCGGUAAUAUGGUGGGCGAAUUCAAUGGCUACUUCAGCGAUGGGUCCACCACCACCGAAGGCGAAUUUAAGUCUGCCAUCAGCCGACUGAGUCUAGACAUCGUCUACCUCUUCAUUGCGAAGUUUGCCCUCACGUAUUUCUCAAUGUACUGCUUCCGGGUCAUCGGCCUCCGCGUGUCUGGCACCCUCCGCCUGCGAUACAUGCAGGCGCUCUUCGCCCAGCCCAUCAGCAAACUUGACCAAGUCUCGGUCGGCUCGGUCACCAACACCAUCACCACUCUGUCCAACUCGAUUCAGCAGAGUAUCUCCGACAAGCUGGCCAUCCUCUUCCAGUCGCUCGCCCUGCUCGUCGCCGCCUACGUUAUCGCCUUCCGGUAUUCGUGGGCCUUGACCCUGGUCACCAGCGCCGCCCUGCUCUUCAUACUGAUCGUCUGCUUUUUCACCCUUCCCAUGAUCACCAAGGUCCAGCAGCAGGUCGACAAGGCCGACGAAAAACACGCGUCCAUCGCGGCCGAGGUGUUCAGCUCAAUCCGCACCGUGGUCUCCCUGGGGGCCGAGGGGACGCUGGCCCAGCGAUACGCUGAGUGGAUUGAAAUUGCCCGGCUGCGCGGAAGAAAUCUGUCGGUGCUUAUCGCGGCCCAGCUCGGUCUGAUGUUCUUUGCCAUGUACGCCAGCUACUCGCUGGCCUUCUGGUUUGGACUCAAGCUGUACCGGGAGGGACAUAUUGCCAACAUCAAUACUGUCAUCACUGUAUUCUUUUCGAUUAUGGUCGCAGUCAGCGUUCUAGGCGCCAUCGCCUCGCCGUUGAUGAUCAUCUCGAAAGCUGCCAGCGCCGCGAGCGCAUUCUUCGACAUGAUCGACAGCAACCAGGUCGAUUCCAGCGGACUCAAGGCCCCCCAGGUCUCGGCAGAAGUCGAUCUCGUAUUCCAGGAUGUGCAUUUCACAUACCCAUCGCGCCCGGAUUCCAAAGUGCUCAAGGGGCUGAACGUCCGCUUUCAAAAACACAAGACCACCGCUUUAGUGGGACCCUCGGGUUCUGGCAAGAGUACCAUCGUCGGGCUGCUUGAGCGGUGGUAUGAACUGAACGCCAAUGCGGAUCACUCCGACCAGGGGGCGAUCAUGGUGGGAGAGCACAACAUCCAGGACCUGGAUCUGCAGUGGUGGCGCACGCAGAUCGGCCUGGUGCAGCAGGAGCCGGUCUUAUUCAACGAUACUAUUUUCAACAACAUUGCCUAUGGACUGAUCGGCACGCAGUGGGAGCAUGAGUCGGAGGAGGUCAAGCGCGGGUUGAUCCAACAGGCUUGUCAGGAAGCGUUUGCGGAUGAGUUUAUCGAUCGUUUGCCGGACGGCCUUGCGACCAUCGUGGGCGAGAACGGGACCAAGCUCAGUGGAGGACAACGACAGCGUCUGGCCAUAGCUCGGAGUAUUGUUAAGCAACCCACAAUCUUGAUUCUGGACGAAGCGACCAGUGCAAUCGACGUACGCGGCGAGAAGAUCGUCCAGGCGGCGCUCGAUCGCCUGGCCGAGAACCGCACGACCAUCGUGAUUGCCCAUCGGCUGACGACGAUCCGCAAGGCAGACCACAUUGUGGUGAUGAAAGGUGGCGUCAACGUCGAGCAGGGAACACACGAGGAGCUCUUGGCUAUCGAAGACGGCGUGUACAAUGGGCUGGUUAAUGCGCAGACACUCGAGUUGCUGGGUGCGGACGACAAAGAACUCGAGGAAGGGGCCGAAGACACGGACGACGACGCCAAAUCGGAUAAACUGAGCCUGCAUCAGCUCGAGCUGGAGGAGGAACUGGAGAAAUCGAAGCAACGAGGCUUCUUUGGCAGCAUUGGACUGAUUGUGUACGAGAACCGAGGCCAGUGGCGGUUCUAUGUGCCUGCGCUGCUUGGCACCGCAGGUGCUGGAGCUGCCUAUCCCAUCCAGAGUUGGCUGUUCGCUCGAAUCAUCCAGGUGUUCAACUAUUCAGGGGACAAGCUCUCCCAUGCGGCCAAUUUCUGGGGUCUGAUGUUCCUCGUUCUGGCUAUUGGCAACGCCCUCUGUUAUGCCACGGUCGGAUAUUCCGCCAAUCGUUUCUCGGUGGAAAUCUCCUCGGUCUGCCGAAAUCAAUACUUCAAGAACAUCGUUGAAAAGCCGAUUCCAUACCACGACCGCAACGACAACGCCUCGGGUUCGCUGGUUUCUCGCCUGUCCACCGACCCCAAGCAAGUCCAGGAGCUUCUCGGUGUCAACGGAGCGUUUCCCUGUAUCUCCAUCUUCAGCAUGAUCGGAUGUAUCAUUAUCGCCUUCAUCUUUGGGUGGAAACUCAGUCUGGUGGCGGUGCUGGCCGCGCUGCCGUGCACAUUCCUGGCCGCCUUCAUGCGCAUCCGGUACGAGAUCAAGUUCGAGGCGAUGAAUGCGGCCGUAUAUUCUGGCAGCUCGCAGUUUGCGGCGGAGGCCAUUGACGCCUUCCGGACGGUGUCAGCCCUGACGAUGGAAGACGCGAUCCUGCACCGCUACAAAACCAUGCUGGUCGAGCAGCAGAGCAAAGCGUUGCGCAAGGCGUGGUACGCGACGCUCGUCUUCGCCUUCUCCGACAGUGUGGAGCUGUGUGCCAUGGCCCUGACCUUCUGGUAUGGAGGCCAGCUGCUCGCCUCGCGCGAAUACGAGCCCACCUCAUUCUUUGUGAUUUAUAUGGCCAUCAUCCAGGGGGGACAGCAGGCUGGCCAGUUCUUCAGCUGGGGCUCCAACUUCGCCCAGUCGACAGCUGCUGCCAACCGCAUCCUGAACUCCCGCCCGACGCGCAGCUACCGCGAGCAGCAGCAGCAGAAGAGCACCAAUCUUACCAACUCGACAAGCGCGGCGAGCAUCGCCUUCCGCAAUGUCGCCUUCCGCUACCCUUCGCAGGAACAUCCACUCUUCACGGGGUUGAAUUUGAAUAUCACUCCGGGCCAAUUCGUCGCUUUCGUCGGUCCCUCAGGCUGCGGCAAGACGACGGUGAUUGCCAUGCUGGAGCGCUUCUACAACCCGUCGAAUGGCACCGUCUUGCUCAACGACCAGGACAUCACAUCCCUCGACACAGCGACCUACCGCCAGCGGAUCUCGCUCGUUGCCCAAGAACCGAGACUGUUCGAAGGCACGAUCCGCGAGAACAUCACCCUGGGCUUGACCAAUCCCUCCGAGGUCAGCGACGAGGCGAUCGAGCAAGCCUGCCGCGACGCCGAGAUCCACGACUUUAUCACCUCCAUGCCCCAAGGCUACCACACCGAGCUGGGGAUCAAGGCCCAGGCUGCCCUGAGCGGUGGCCAGCGCCAGCGACUGUGUAUUGCCCGGGCGCUGCUCCGCAAGCCGACGCUGCUGCUCCUCGACGAGGCGACGUCGAGUCUCGAUUCGCAGUCCGAGAAGGUCGUGCAGGCGGCCUUGGAGAAGCUGGCGGCGAAGCGCAGUAUGACGAUCGUAGCGGUGGCACAUCGGCUGGCGACGAUUCAGAAGGCUGAUGUGAUCUUCGUGUUUGGGGAAGGUCGGGUUGGCUUGGGGUCGCGGAUUGUCGAGCAGGGAACGCAUGGCGAGUUGCUGCGGAAUCGGGGGGUCUAUUAUCAGAUGUGUCAGGAGAAUGCGUUGGAUCGAUGAUGUUCUGCUUGUUUGGUGUUGACAGCGAUUGGAUGUGGACUGGAUUGAGAUUGAUGUGCGAUGACUGUUGGACUGAUACCCCCUCUCCCUUGGAUGAUACCUGUAUAAUAAGUAAUUCGAUAUACCCACUGCCCCCAAGAAUGUUAUUUGUUAUUAGGGCUUCUGUCACGAUGGAAGUGAGGCAGGUGCAUCGGGAUACCUCCUUUCUCUGUUAAUUCCAG